AAUUUGCUAAAUUCUAAAAUGUAAAUAUUAAAAAAAAACUAUGCCUAUUUAUUUAACUGAAAUACAUUCUCUUAUAGACUCAUAAAUAAUGAUGUGCUGUGAUCAAGUUUGACAAACAUGAAAUGGAUGAAGUCAAAGAUUUCAACUUUGCAACACCACUAGAAUUGUUCAAAGAAAAGAAAGUUGUCAAGAUAUGUGCUCCUAUGGUUAGAUACUCCAAGCUUGCAUUCAGGAAGCUAGUGAGACAGUAUGAAUGUGACCUUGCCUUUACACCAAUGAUCAUAUCUGAUUCAUUUAUCAAGUCACUAAAGGCCAGAGACAGCGACUUUACAACUUGUAAAGAAGACCGUCCUUUGAUUGUACAGUUUGCUGCCAAAAAUGCAAAAGAAUUUGCAGAUGCUGCUGAAAUUGUCGUACCUUAUUCUGAUGGUGUUGAUCUGAACUGUGGAUGUCCUCAAAGAUGGGCAAUGGCAGAAGGUUAUGGUGCCUGUCUAAUAAGGAAACCAGAGUUGGUGAAAGAUAUGGUUAAUCAAGUCAAGUCGAGGGUCAACAAUGAGAACUUUACUGUUUCCAUCAAGAUUAGAAUCCACAAUGACAUCAGGGAAACAGUUGAUAUGUGUCAGAAAGCUGAAAAAGCUGGUGUUUCCUGGGUGACAGUUCAUGGGAGGACAAAAGAACAACGAGGACAACCUGUGAACUUUGAAGCUAUCAGAACAAUUAAAGACAGUUUGCAAUGUCCAGUUAUAGCUAAUGGUGAUAUAAGAUCAAUAGAAGAUGUUGAAAGAAUUGCAGAAAUUACAGGAGUCAAUGGUGUGAUGGCAGCUAGAGGUAUUUUACAGAACCCAGCCAUGUAUUCAGGCUAUGAUAACACUCCAUUAGACUGUGUUCAGAAAUGGCUGGACAUAUCAACAUCUCUUGGUACACCUUACCACUGUUUUCACAAUCAUUUAAUCUAUAUGUUAGAGAGAGUACUACCAAGGGCAGAGAGAAGAAUUUUUAAUGCACUGGUUAGCUCUUCUGCUGUAGUGGAUUAUUUGAAAGAACAUCUUGGCAUCUGAUGUCCUAUCCAAUUAACAGCUGGGUUACAGGUUUUCAGGCCGACUGUAUAACUGGCUGAAGAAAUGUCCAACCACAAGAUUUCUCAAAUGGAUAGAGCAUUUCAUAGAUGAAACAGAACUGAGAGAAUGAUAUCUGAAUAUAAGAUUUACUUUUCAAUGCUAGCUUUGUAGCAGACAGCCAUGUGAACCAUAAAUGGAAUGUGGUUAUUUCAUCAACAAUGUUAGAAAAUUAGACCUCAUUGUAUGAAAAUAAAAGCAUUCAAUAUAGUUAAAA